GGUUGUCAGUGGAAGUCUGCUCCUCCCUUUUAUACAGACACCUCAACCAGAAAAGAAAGUAAAAGUCCCGAAGCAACAGCAGGGGCAGUCUGAAGUCUUUUCUCUUUUUAAAAACUGUAGUCCCUUCAUCAACUAAGCAGGAAGGACAUCACUGAAAGUUAAAGGGUUGCUGAAGGGGCAAUGGUCCCAACUAUUGUGGAAGGGUUCCUGCAGAACAGCUUGACGUUUCAGCUCAGUGUGGACUAACAUACAAGCUAUGCUUCUUUGAUUCACUUCAAUGCAAUCAUUAGACUUCAGUGUUUGACAGACAAAGAAGAAUUAUCAGCAAGUCGAUACUGAAUUGGACCCAAGCAAGAUGCAGUUUUUUUUUCAAGAACUUUGCAUCCAGCAUAGGCUUGAAGCACUUCCACUGAAGAUGUUUCAAGAGUGAAUUGUGUAAACUUUUUAAACUCUGCUCAAAAAUUGUGCUUUACGGACAAGUUCAGUUGGUGCUUGAGAAACAGGAGGAAGGCUACUGACAGUGAACAAGUCUGUUGAAUUCUGCAGCACAUCUGCUGCACACAUUUGGAACUCAGCAGGAGAUUCUAACCCCCAACACAAUCACUUCACGCUUGGAUGUCUCUUUGUAGAUUGUGAUGCAGCUCAGAUGCUUUAAUUGGCCUGUCUCUAGGCCAAAUACCUAGAGAGUAAAAAUGGUAACUGACGCCUUAGCUACGGUGAACUUCGCAUCGGUUUCCUGAGUGAAGUGAACAACAUUGACAAAUGACGUGAUCGGCUGACCGUUGGUAGUCUUGACUGACACAGUAAUAGCAACUGCAAUUUGACUGCACGUUGUAAUUGCAAGCCUCAAAAGGCUUGUAAGAGCCAACCACUUAGAACCUACAUCUGUAGUUACAACCUGAUUCAUUCCCAAGAAAGACUUCUAAAGAAUAUUCAGGUUCUGACUGAGAAUGACACAGCUGGAAGCCUCAGGGCCAUCAAUUUAAUGAUUUAGCAUCACUGCAACCAGAGAUUAUUAGUCAUCUUGUGAUAAACAGUUGGGGGAAAAUUUCCCCAGUGAUUCUGUGUGAUGGCAGCCACAUACAGACUUGUUGUUAGCACUGUGAACUGUUAUAACAGCAUCAUAAUAGAUCAACGUUUCCAGCAUACUGUACACUACUGUAAUGGCUCAUGCCAAGCCUUCCCAAAUGCUGCUGGAAUCAACUGCAAUGUGGUCCAUCAUGCCACCUGUUCAGAGCCGCUGAGUCCAACAGCCCUACCUUUAUCUAGCCUACGAUUUGCAGGUGUUCAGGACCUGACCUACAGGUUUCUGAGUGCUGAAAGCAUGACAGCUCCUGCUGAAAUCACUGCUGAUGAUAGUCACCAGCUCCUGCCUGGAAUUAGCAGGGUCAAAAAGGGAAUGGCCAUGCAAGGUUUGUCCAGUCUAAAAGACAUCACUGGUGAUACCAUAAAUCUGGCAAGCGGAAAAAUUAAAGAGUUUGCAUUUGAAAAGGUGAAGUGCCCCACAAGUCAUGUGACCUUCAGGAAAGGAAGGAAAGUAAAACCAGAUAUGGCCAGCAGAAAAUCUACGGACUUUGAUGUAACUUACAACCAUAUUGGCAGCAAUGAGAAUUGUCCUCCUUUUAGCUUUGCACAGAAAACAACUAUUGAGGAAAAAGAGGCAAACCUGAAUACAUUGCACAAGCAGAAUAUCAGUAAUGCCACACAACUGUACUUCCAAAAUCUCUCAGAAAAUAACUUGAUUGCCAAAAUUUUAGAAAAACACAAACCGGACAGUUCAGACUCAGGAGAGGAUAUAAGGGUUUGCCUAGAUAUUCUGCUGAAGUGCUCUGAAGACCUGAAGAAAUGCACAGAGAUUAUUAAACAAUGCAUUAAGAGUAAGUCCCUUAAUAAUGACAAUAGUAAUGCCAGCAACAAUCCAGAUCUAAUCUACAAAAAUGUAAUGGCAAGACUUUCUAGCUACCUAAAGAAGCUGCCUUUUGAACUUGAACAUGGGUUAUCUGGACGAGGUAAUCAGCAUGAUUUUGCUGAGUUGGUUAACAGCCUGAAUAGUUUGCAGCAAAUACCAUAUCCUCCAUUUGGGAAUGAUCAACCACCCCGAUAUGAGGAUGUUGUCCAGUCAUCUUCAUCCCGAUCUACCAAUCUACCUCUUUCUCCAGUGGUCCACAGAGCCACCAACUGUAACAGUAUGAAACCUGUUGAAAAUGUCUAUGACCCUUCAUCUAAUGGUAGUCUUCAAAACAAUGGUACCCAGCAAAAAAGCUCAACUGCUGUAAAUCAACCCCAUGUACUACCUCACGUAAUUCCACUAAAUCACUCUGACAGCUGUUCCACUCAAGAUUUGUUUCUGCCCAAAAACAGUGGGAAUAUUUCUAAGAUAUCUAUGGAGCCUCUUUAUAUUCAGGAGGAUUGUGAUGUUGUCAAGGCUUUAGUCCAGGAAUCAAGAGGGAAAGACUGUUUCAAUAUUGGAAUGGUUGAAAGUUUUGAGCCUCAACAGCAGGUCUCUUCUGCUGAGGCUUGCAGGAGAACAGAAGAUGCAGGGAUUAGAAUUAGAGAUAACAUGGGAGAAAAUAGAUUCUGUGUCCAGGUGGCCUCCGACUCUCCCAGGUGUUCCAAUAAAGUAAAUAGAACUCAUGAUGUUACAGAACCCUCAACAUCAGAAUCCAAAGCUAAAACUGAAAACGAUAAGGUAAUCCAACAAGAAGACAUUGAAAAAUUAUUGAUGGAUUUGGAAUCAUUUUCUCAAACAAUAGAAGCCAGGCAGAAAUGUGGUUCUUCUAGGAACAGUAAUAUUGACUUGAAAAAUUAUAGUCAGCAAUCCGAACAAGUUAAUUUUUUAACUGCUGAGUCAGGAAGAAAGCACAAAGAAGAGUCACAGAGCGACACUGCACUAUUAUCUUCUUCCACGAAAGGAACCAAUGUAAAUAAAAUUAAUAAAAGUGAAGCAGAUGAUGCAGCCCUGCUCUUGCGCAUCCUGGAAAGUAUAGAGGGUUUUGCUCAGGAGCUGGUUGAUCGUGGGAGUAGUAAAGGUAUUUUGGCAAGAGAAAAAGAAGUAAUGUGGAUACUCCAAGAUACAUUGUCACAGGCUUCUGAGUCUUGCAAACCUUCACAACACUCAACACAGCCAGUUGUAGCUAAAGACACAAGCUCACAUCUAUCAGUUCAACAAACACCAGAAGUGAUCAAGGUCCAAAGCAAUAAAGAAAAGAAACCUGGAACUCCACCUCCUACUGUAACAAACGUGACUCCUAGUCCCCCCCCUUCAAACAAAGUUGUUGUCAGCACUCCGGCAUCAGUAAACAUUCCACGCUUCUACUUCCCUAAGGGACUUCCAAGUCCUAGCAGUAACCACGAAGAGACCAUUGCCAAGGUUGAAGCAGCCUUUGCUGAGUUUGAGGAUGAAAAAGGCGACAUUUAUGAAAUGGGCAAAAUUGCAAAGGCAUGUGGUUGUCCUUUAUACUGGAAAGCCCCCAUGUUCAUUUCUGCUGGCGGAGAACAAACAGGAUUUGUCUCUGUGCACUCAUUUGUAGCCAUGUGGAGAAGAGUACUACAGAACUGUCAUGAUGAUGCAUCUAAGUUCGUCUAUCUUCUUGCCAAACCAGGCUGUAACUACCUAGAACAGGAAGACUUCAUCCCACUGCUACAGGAUAUUGUGGAUACCCAUCCGGGACUAACGUUUUUGAAGGAUGCACCAGAAUUCCAUUCACGAUACAUUACCACGGUUAUACAGAGAAUAUUCUACACAGUCAACAGAUCCUGGUCUGGCAAGAUAACUCUGACAGAACUGAGAAAGAGCAACUUCCUGCAAACUCUUGCCCUCCUUGAGGAAGAGGAUGACAUAAACCAAAUUACAGACUACUUCUCUUAUGAGCAUUUCUAUGUUAUUUACUGUAAGUUCUGGGAACUAGACACUGACCAUGACCUCUUUGUUGACCAGAAGGACUUGGCCAGACACAAUGACCAUGCUAUCUCUAAUAGAAUUAUUGAAAGGAUAUUCUCUGGGGCAGUCACAAGGGGAAACUGUGUGCAGAGAGAAGGCCGAAUGAGCUAUGCUGAUUUUGUAUGGUUUCUGCUUUCAGAAGAAGAUAAGAAGAAUCCUACAAGCAUGGAAUACUGGUUUCGGGCCAUGGACAUUGAUGGGGAUGGGGUGCUCUCCAUGUAUGAGCUAGAAUACUUCUAUGAAGAACAAUGUGAACGGAUGGAGGGAAUGGGCAUUGAGCCAUUGCCAUUCCAUGAUCUCCUCUGUCAGAUGCUGGAUCUAGUAAAGCCAGAAUGUGAAGGUAAAAUAACCAUGCGAGAUCUGAAGAAGUGCCGAAUGGCUCAUAUAUUUUAUGACACCUGUUUCAACUUGGAGAAGUACCUGGACCACGAGCAGAGAGAUCCAUUUGCUGUGCAGAAGGAUGUUGAUAGUGAUGGUCCAGAACCUUCGGACUGGGACAAGUACGCAGCUGAAGAAUAUGAAAUUUUAGUUGCUGAGGAAUCAGCCAAUGAGCAGUUACAGGAAGGCUCAUUUGAAGAAGAUUAUGAAUCAGAUGAACUAUCCACUGCCCCAGAACUCAACAACAAGAUAGACAAGCUUGUCAUUUCCGACCUUCCAACAUGAAUUCAAAGCUUGCUCAGCUGCUGGACAGUCAGGGUGACCAGUACACACCAACUUUGAAAACUGACUGGCACCCAGUCAGGUGUGUAGUGUAAAGAAAUUGUUUAUACUUUUUUGUUGAUUUGUUUGUUGAAGAGAAUAUGCUAGAUUUUAUAUCAGAACAAAAGUACAUGCUUCCUGUGUGCAAUGGACUUUAUUCAAAGUGAAAAAAUAUUGUCUGUUUGUGCAAUAUGUCUUAAAAUGCAGUGUUAUAUACGGUAUGUAGAUUUUCAUUAGCUGCCAUUGCUGCAUUUGACGCUGUUUAGUUACGGUUGUUCUUUGUUCCUUUAUUUUUUUUUAACCCUCUUGUUCACAUUUCAGGGUUGUCGUCUUUGCAGGACAAACCACCCUUUAAUCUGGCCCUAUUAAGGCUUCAUAAAGUUCCUUUCCUCCUACUAGCAGUCUCAAGCUCUGAUUUUGUUUUGCUCUCAUUGUCAACAGGUAAUAAAAAUUGAAUAGGCUGAUUACCUGCGCAAGUCGGCAAUGUCACUGUAAACUUUAUGUAGAUUUCUCAUUGUAGAAAAACUUCCCAGGUGCUUUCACUGAGUGAACAUCUGUCGAAAUGCACAUUUCCCCACAGAAUCAUACCAACAUCGGCUAUGAAAUAACAGACCUAAAGGAGACAGGCUGCUUUCCACUUUCCUUGUAUGUAUUGUGUUUACAAAUUUGUUGGAGCAUCUACGAAUUGGGAAUCGCUUCUUUCUUGUAAGAGCCACACAGUUAUGGUGACCAGUACAGAACAACUUGUAAGUCUGACUACCUUGCAGUCAGUGCUGAUCACGUGUUUAUCCAAGUGGUAACCUGAGCCUUCAUCAUGUGCCCCUGUUCUGGCUUUCAUUCUAAUAUCCAUGUGCUAUUGAGCUGUGGAGCUUAUAAUUUUAUUGCACUCUAAUUUCUGCUACUGUGAUGGUCCAUUCAUUUAUUGGUGGUUUCAUGUGGUUUUGAAUGCAGAUUAAAUAUUCCAUGUCCAAGUAGUUUCCUUCUUCCAGCUACGUAAUGAUCAUUUUACAGCCAAACUGGUGCUUUCUAUUUCUGAAUAUUAACAGAAAUUUGCAAAGAAAGCAGAUUCUGGGUUACUAAUAAGAAAUAGUUAACAGAAAGAAGAGUAUGGAAAUCUUGGGUCAAUUGAUACAACUAUUACUAAAUACAAAAGCUUUUGUGUUAAUUACUUUAAUUUUAAGUCUUUAAUGUUGUAUACUAAGCUUCUUUGCAGGCUUAGUUAAAAUGUUGCAUCAUGUCUAGUCAUUUCUCUUUUACUCAUGCAGUGUUUGCUUGUGUAUGACAUUUCUUUCCUGCCUAUUUUACAAUCGCCCAAUACCAAGCUGUCUGAACUUGCAGUUUUAAUGCACUCCAGUUGCCACUGCUAUGAAGUUCAAUUCUUUUCAAGAUCCAGUUCAAAGUAAUCACAACUCCCUGCAAGUUCAGAAUUUCUUGACUCUAGUGGGAAUUAUUGUUAUCUUUGCUCAGAGGAGAUCAAAUUUUAAUUGCAGCCCAUGAAAUUAGCCAUUUCAAUGAAUGACAAAGAAGGAACUUGACAUCACCACACUGAAUAGAGAAAAAUAUUUUAGUUUUUAAAUAAAACAGGAAAUUAUGAAAAUAUCCAGGUCACACGAUAUGUGUGGAGAGAGGAACGGAGUUAGGGAUUCAAGUUGAUGACAUUAUCUUUCGCCAAAGCUGAAAUCUCUGAAAUGUCAGCUCUGUUCAGCUCUUCACGCAUGCUGUCUGACCUGUUAAAUAUUCACAGCAAAUUGUGUUUUAUUUCAGAUAUCCAGCAGGUACAGGACUUUAUUCUUGGUUUCAAAAAUGGCAUUUUAACAAUAUGGAGUCUAAAUAAAUGAAGGCAAUGCCAAAUUAUUAAACAUGAUAAUUUUAGCAAUUUUGUUUUAUAUUGAGACUGACAGGAAGCCUGCUUAAAUCAACAUGAAUAGAAUGAAUUUUUUUUAUUAUUUACACUUUGUUCUCUCUAAUAUCCUCUCAGCCCUUAUUAUCUACACUAGAUUCCUGGCUUUUGAUAUCAUCAAUAAAAGGAAAAAAAACUGAAAAUGCUGUGGGUAAAUGGCAGGUUUGUCAGGAUCUGCAAAAGGAAAGGUUAAUAAUUUGGAUAUAUUUCAGCUAUUAUUUGAACAGUUUCAGUACUUUUAUUUCAAAUGUAAAGCUAUUGAGCAGCUUACCUGCAAUUCGAUCCAUUAACUUGUUUGUGAUUGAAUGAACUUUCCUUAAACCACCUUUUUUUUUUCCCUGCUAAACCCUUCCUUGUUGUGCAGUUUUGAGGAUUAUUUAUACUUAUAGUUGACUAACCUGGCAAAAUUAUGUCUUUCUGAUUGUCAUCUUCCAUCUGCCACAGUUCUCUCAUAUAGUUUGCCUUGUUUCAAAUAAGCAAAAGAUUACUAUAAUUACAAUUUAUAGGAGCAGUUUUCCAGUAACUUCAUUGGAAAUGAGUAAUACGUGGUUUCUAUAAAUGGUGACCAAUCUGCAAGUCAAAUAUUCGAGAUGAGGACAUCACUGCCAAGGCUGUUAUUUAUUGCUCAUCCCUAAUUACACCCAAACUGACGUGCAGUUAAGUCCUUGAUGGGUUUGGAAUCAGAUAGAGGACAGACAUUUCCCUGAAGAAUAAUAGUGAAUCAGAGGGUGUUUUACAACAACCAAGUAGUUUUAUGGUCAGCAUUAGUGAUAUCUUUUUAUUCCAGAUUUAUGUAAUUAAUUUAAAUUCCCUAGGCGCCAGGAUGAGCUUUGAACUCAAGACUCCAGGUCAGUGAUAUAGGCCUUUAGAUUCUAAUACAGUAAUUUAAUCACUAUACUACCAUGACCUCUAAUAACUAUUUAUCUCCAUUGAUUUUUAAAAAUCUUUCCCUGAUCUCUACAUGAUCAAACUUCAGAAAUUGAUUUAUUAAACAUGGCGAUUAAUGUAGUAGUAUGUAACAAUAAGUAAUACAACAUUUUUAGAAUUAGCAAUGGGACAGUGCACUGCCUCUUUAAUCAAAAAUACUGUUGUUGAGAAUUACUAUUUUUUCCCCUCUCCAGUCGAAAUUCUAGAACAGUAGCAAUGCCUCCAAGUGGAAAUUGAGCUUCCUUUACUUCAAAGUUGUUCUAUUUGGCCUGCAGGUAGACUUAACACCAAUGUAACUACAGGCUACUGAAAUUAAUAAUUUAUUGCCUAUGAAUCUUUCCAUUAAAGUAUUAACACAAUUGUGGAGAAAAUUAUAGAUCAAACACUAAAACAUAUUCUCAAAUGGGAACUUUUGAGUGGCACCCUUUAUUUCUAUUGUUUAGGCAAAAGAGCAAGCAGUAAUUGAGACCUCAAUACAUUUUAGUGAAGGGUCUGGCUGGUCUCUCUUGCAGGUCCUUUUUGUAUCAAGAGUAGGAUGUGUUUGCUACAUCUGGUAUAUAUAAAAAAAAGCUUGUGUUGGGGCAGAUCUAAUCUCUGUUGGAGCCAACUGGCAAACAGAUCAUCAUAGAAUUCCACACAGGCCAUUAUUUCAGGAAUUCAACCUAGUGAAAGUUCAUUGAGAAAUUGCUUUGAGGCAAACACUCAGUAUCUGUCAGAUUAGAUUUUAACCUAGAAUGCAGAAAUAAGAAGGUUUCCUAUGAAUUAAAUGUAGAUAUUUGUUUUGUACACAGAAAACAGGUAAGAAACAGUUAUUUAAGUAGAACAGGGGAGAUUUGGUGAAGUGGUUUUAUUGGAAAGUGCAGAUAGAAUUUAAUUCUGCUAUAUAUGACUCAAAUUAUUGGCAAUAGAUGGAAAUUAUCUGGGAAUUAUCAAUCAAACUAUGAUAAUGUAAGCCUCAACAGCUGACAAAACAUUAUUCCAACAUUUGAAUUACAUGUCAUUACUAACUCAAUAGAAUUAUUGAGCAUUACUGAUAGCAGUGAGGUUACUGAAGUUACACACUUUAAUUUUAGUCAAAGACCACCAAUGUUCCACUAAUAUUUCAAUUCCACUUUUUCCAGUUAGGUAUUAAUAUAAAGGAUUUUAUGUGUGUACGUGCAUUCAAUGUUUUAUAACUCAAAAACAACAUUGUUCGAAAAAUCUAUCCUCGCUUUUAUGUUACCAUUUACUAAAAUGUCCAGGUAAGAAAAUGUUGAUUACCUCCAUUGCCAAACAAGUGCCACUUUACUUUGCAGUACCACGAGCAAAGAUUUUAGUUGUUUUCUAACAUGCUUUGGAAAAUGUACAAUCAAUGGUAUUUCAAUUUCUGACAUGAUGACAUUUGGUAGCACCCCAUGGCUGCUCUGCCCUUGCAUGGGAAUUGCAUGAAAAUGUACUGGAAGCUUUGAUUUAUAUCAACUAUUGCACAGGCUAUGCUGAUUGCUGAUUUGCAGCUGAAGUCAGGGUUCAGUAUGGGAUCCAGUAUAGAUAAUUAUUGUGUUUGCUUGUUUGGUGAUUAUAGCAUAUUUGGGUAGGAUGCUUGCUCAGGAGGGGUAGGCAUCAUAACAGGUUAUGAUCAAUGGUAGGAAUGGUGAUAGACAGGCAGAACGUCACUUCAUUUUUGUAUCCUUUUUGUUACUCUAGAUUUUACUGUCCAUUUUCAAACAUAUGGACAAAAAUAACUUCAUGAAAGCAAACUUUUGUAAUCUUCCUCACAAGUAUAGCACCAAAUGAGUAUACUACACUCAAAAUUCUACAUUUGAACAUGUUCCAGAAUUGUAUUUGGAGGUUGCAAAGUGGUGGAAGAAUUUGAUAUCCUGGCCCUGAACUACUUCAUUCCACUAUCUGAGCAUUUUAACAUAUAGACCAGUUAAUGCCUCAACAAGUGACAGGAAAUUCAGAGAACUGCAUUAAGCAUUCAUGCUAAGCUAGUUCUUGCCCUCUCUGUUAAUUAAACCUAAAGAACUAUGAAUUUGUGGGAGUUAUAACACUAACAUUUUGGCAAGAGGAAAUGGUUGGAAAUAUUCCCAGAAAUAACAAGAGGAUAGGUAAAAAAGUUUAAAUUAUUUUAUUUUUGCUUCUAAUGGGUUAGUAACUACAGCACAAACUCUUAAUGAAAUGGUAAUGCUGGUCUUAAUGGUAUGUGAAAUGAAAGAAUGUAUGUUUCCAUACAAGGGUUGAUGGCAGGAUAGAAACAACCAAUGUGUACUUGGCCAAAGAGUAAUAACAGUGGGAAAGCCCUUCAUUCUCCAGCACUAAGGAGUCUUUUGUUCAGGAGCUCAAAACUCCUUUUUCAAAAAAAAAUUAAUAAAUAAUAUUGUCACUUUAAAUUGUGACACGAAUGCAAAAUUAUUAUUGUGAAAUAGUGGUACACCAUUGGCUUAGUUUUCAAGUCAAACACCACUUUGGUAAAAAAAUAAUACUUUCUCCAUGUGCCACUAGUAACAAAGUCUUAAGUGAUUUACAAUUUUCCUAGCCUUAGCAGACUAAGAAUCUCUCUCCUCCUCACAAGUAACUGAUUACUCACUGAUAAUUAUAUUGUCUUUCAUGACAAAGAUGUUGGAUCAUAAGAAUUAUUUGAUAUUUUAGUUGCUUACCUUUUUUGAAAAUCACCAGACCUAUGAUGUCCAAACUUGUCAAAUAAGCUGGAUUACUGGACAAAGAGGAUAAUUGUUUUCUUUCGUCUAGAAGAUAGAAACAAUUGUUUUAAACUUUUGCCUGAAAUGUAAAUGAGUCACAUUAGUCCUUUGAUUGACCUUUGUUCCAGUGUCAUUUAUUUAUAAAGACUUAUCUAUUUGAAAUGAAUUGAAAGCAGUAUGGAAACUUCCCAUUAUCUAAGGAGCAUUUGAUUUGGGUCUGCAGUGGUACCACUCGCUUGUUAAAUAUUCAGAAAUGAAAUGUUAAUUGUGUUUUCUUAAAUUUUUACCAUAGUGACUGAGAAUUAAGCACAUGAUAUCACAGAUGGUAUGUGCAGAUGUUUCUAUGGAUGAAUAUAAAAAACAGAUGUUUUUGUGCUCAAUAUUAACAAAGUAAAAUUUUGCUUUCUGCAUCUUAGCUCCAGGCAGGUGGAAUGCCAACCAGCCUAUGCAAAUAAGAACACAAACAAACGUUUUUUUGUGUACUGGUGUAUAAUUUGUCCUAAUGGUCUGAUUGUAUAUUUUACCUUUGGAUGAAGAUCUUGAAUGGGAUUAGUUAUAGCAUAAUUAAACAGGUAUUUAAUUUCUGGUAUGUCACAUGUCCAUUACCAAAAUUGUUAUCUUUGAAGCCUUAUCCUUUGAACUCCACAUAACAAUGAAUUGUUCCUUUUGGAACCACUGCCCUGGGUUUAAUGUUAAACCUUCUCCAUUGAACAAAGCCAGAAGCAGCAAUUGCAGUGUUUUGCCAAAAGAGCAAAAGGUGACGAGCAAAAGAAAAUGCAUGUUCCUUUGAUUAUCAACUAUGUAGCAUCUUGAUAUGGCAAUGUGUUUGCAUUGUGUUUUGGAUUAUAAUUUCUAAAUUAGUUGCAUUUUGAAGUUUUGAUUGUAUUAUCACAGUUAAUGUUGCGGUGCUCUACAGAACGGCUAGAAUAAGACUACACCCUAGCAAUUUUUAAUUUGCCACAAGUUUUGCGGAUGCUUAUUUUUCUUCCCAUGUGCAAUGAAAACUCCAAGUGAUUUUGUUUGCAAUGACAGAUAAUGUAUUUUCAUAGUUCCAUAAGCUUUGUGCUUUUAUCAGACCAUGAACAGGACACUCAAAUCAUUUGGGGCUUUAAUUUGAAAGAAAACUACAUAGCCAAACAUAAAAUAAAAUGAACAUUGAUGGAUUUCAAGUUAAAGCAGAUUUCCCCCCCUUUUUCAUCUAACACUUGGUUCUUGUAUACUCCCACUGAUUUAUACCAUUAACCAGAUCAGCCUAAUUCUCAGCUUUAAUUUUUAAUGGCCCACUUAAAAUGGAAGUGAAUUUAUGAAGAAAGCAGCAGAGGUAUGCAAGAUAUCAGAACCAAAGUUGGUCAACAUGGUGGGUCCACAAAAAUAUGGACCGGCUGCCAGCCAAUUCUGCCCUUUCAACACGCUGCAGCUUGUGAAAAAUGGUGAAACUAAUAUGAAAGCUUACAUCUGUUCUUCCUGUUUGUGACGCUUGUUAAAAUGUACAAACACAGUAUAUUUCUGCAACUGCCAUUUACUUAACAUUGUUUUGAAAAUGUGCCUUAUUUAUAACCUUAGUGUCUAGACAAUUAAUGUAUACAAUGUAGUAGAAUUUUGUUAUCUCUGUAAGUAUUGUAAUAUAAAAAAACUGUCAGCCAAAAUGUGUGAAAUUUGUUUGUUCAUUCAGUGUGGUUUGCAAAUAUAGAAAUCUCAGCAGUAGAAUCUUUGUAAAUUUAUAAACUACCUUAUAGGGUUUUCUUUUUAUAUAUAUUAAAAAAACAAAGGAAAGUGACUUCAGAGUUUGAGAUUAAUAUUCAAAUUAUUCUUUGAACUGGACAGAUUUAUAUAUUAAAUAUGAGAAACUCCAGCAUAGUCAUGUGACACUUUCCAGUGUUGUUAUUUAUAGUAAUAGGGCCUUUGUUUUUUUUAAUUGUUAAAAAGAUGCAUUAUUCUGAUGAAAAGUUGCCAUUUCUUUUUCACAGUAAUUCUUGCUCUGUGGCGCCAUCUCUGAAAAGUGUGAGCUACUGUAAACAACUCAAACUGCGCAAGUUUUUAUUGUAACUAUUAAUGGUUUAAAAAAAACAUGGAAAUGUUUCAAAAUAAAAGCUGUGUUAUAUGCUUUUUGGAUGCUGAAAAUAAUCAAUGGUGUGAAAUAUGCUGGUUGCUUAUGUUAGCAUGGCUUUACAUUAUGCAGAUUUUUUUGGAAAUUUCAAAAUUAAA